AUGGACCUCCUCACCGACGAACUUGAGCGCAUGGCCACUAACAUCGCCGCCUACGACGGACCCGAAGACGCCUCGGACAUCCCUCUCGACUCCAUCAGCGGCAGGCAAGUGCCAGCACAGCAUCCUAAAGCGCACCCCUCCGAGCCCUUCGGCGAACGCACCGCCACGUCCAGGGUCCGCAAGACCCACUGCACCUACCUCAUGCGUCUUGGCGGCCCGCUUUCCACACCUUCCCAAAUCCAAAGCAUAGCCCGCCUCCCCACUCCUCCCGUCAUCAUCGAAGGCUCAGCCGACGAUGGCACGGCCGCGGCCUUCGUCCGCCUUCCCCACUCUGCCACCACUCAGCUCUCCGCCUGGCUUACCACCGCCGGCAUCCCCGCCCACCAGCGCCCCGCCUCCAUCCGCCUCUCUGAAGCAGAGAAGAACUUGUCACCCAAUUCGCCGUGUCCGACGCUCGGCAUCGACACGACGCUGCCACAGCACCGGCCGAACGGCAGCACUGCCGCAUUUCACCCGUUUCAGGAUGAGUUCCCCGUGUGGUAUCUCUUCUACGGGACGCUGGCGGAGCCGGACAGGCUGAUGGGUUUGCUAAGGUUGGAGGAGAGGCCGGUGCUGCAAAGGGCAGCGGUGCGUGGUGGCGCGGUCAGGACGUGGGGCGGGAAGUACAAGGCGCUUGUUGAUGGGACAGAGAGGAUUGAUGGGUGGACGUACGAGGUUGUGAGUAAGGAGCAGGAGGAUGCUCUGCGGGCGUAUGAGACGGAGAAGUAUGAGGUGGUGAGGUGCGGGAUUGAGAUGGAAGGUGGAGAGGAGGUCAUGGGGUGCACGUUUCGCUUUGCUGAUCCGUUCUUGCUGGAUGGGUAG